AAAUAAGUAAGAUACAAAUUGUACAGUAGUACUAUUACAAUUACAAAUUAUUAUUAUUAUUACUAUUGUCUUUAUUACUAUUAUUAAUCGUUAUGUUAAUUAGUCAAAAAACACCGAAUUUAUGCUUUCCUGAUAAAUCCCCAUCAAUGAAUUUAUCAACACAAUUAAAUAAUUCAAUCAUUUUUAAUUCAAAUACUAUGGAAUCAUAUGAUAAAAAUAACCAUGAUGAUAUUGAUGAUGAUAAUGAGGAUAAUGAUGACGAUGAUGAAGAUGAGCCAAAAUCAUUAAAUGUUGAAACAUGUAAAUCACAAUUUAUAUUCAGUCGAAAUAGACAUAGUUCUAAUGAAUCUAAUACAACGAAAUCACCAAUUUCAUCAUUUUUAUCAACUCUACCAAACAGUAGUAUGGCGUUUAGAUCUCCAUCCCAUUUACUACAACCUAACAUAAAUAUACAGUCAUCGUUACCAUUACUACCCCCAACAUCAUUACCAUUCCCAUUUCCUUCUGUCCCUCCGUUAAAUAAUUCAUUAUUUUGCAAAAAUUCCACAUCAUUCUAUACUACUCUAAUGAAUCAAUUGGAUCCAGACCAAUUAAAUGUUCUUAUAAAAAUGUUAAAUGAUACAGUUACAAAUGAUUUACUAAAUAAUAGCUCUUCAAAUUUAUCACUACCACCUACAUCGAUUUCAACAUCAGCAUUAGCUAAUGCGGCGUUGCAAUCAAUGUUCAAUAGCGCCAUGUUUAAUACAGAAUCAUCAGUAGCAAUGAAUUUAUUUAAUAAUAAGUUUGAUUCAGUAGAACAUUUUGAUAUUUGUAAUCAUGUACAGAAUGAUUUGAAGAACAGUUUUAGUUCACACGAUGAUUAUUAUCAUCAUUAUCUCCGUAAUCAGUGGGAUUCUCGAUAUUGUUCAAAAGAUUAUUUGAAUGAUCCUGCUAAUUGUCCAGAUAAUAUUGAUAAUAAUAAUAAUAGUGGUAGUAAUAAUAAUAAUGUAUUACUUAUGAUGUUAAUGAUGAUGUUUAUGAAAAGAAAUGUUGAUUCGUUGAUAUCAACACCUAAUCAACUAAAUAAGUCACCAACAUUAACAUUAUCAUCUGCGUCUGGACCCUCUACUUCCCCGUCAUCAUCGUCGCCAUCGUCGACAAAAGGACUUACGACGAUGACAACAACAACUACUACUACAGAAAACCAAUUUAUGAAUGAUCAUAUAUUACACUGUGACAAAUCUAGUCAACAUCGUUAUAAUUUAUUACAUAAUCCAAAUUAUUUAAACACUGGAGAUGGAUUGCAAAAAUCUAUGAAAUAUAACAUAGUGGAUGAUCAAGAAAAUUUAAAAUUUAAAUUAAAUCAUUUAAAUAUAUUCCCAGAGAAAUUAACUAUUCGUGAUAUCGUUGAUUCAACUGGUAGUAGUAAGAAUAGUACCAUGGUUAAUACUACUAUUACUACUACCACUACUACUUAUAACAGUAGUCAUAAUAAUAAUAAUAAUAACAAUAACAAUAAUGGUAAUGGUUAUCAGUCAUCUAAUCCAUAUAUCAUGAAUGAUUUAUUAGAAAAUGAAUCAGAUCAAAUAGAUUCACUAGUUCAACGAACUGAAUUAUUAGACUCUGAUCUAUGGAAACAUUUUCAUAGUAUGACUACUGAAAUGGUAAUUACAAAAUCAGGACGUCGAAUGUUUCCAUCAUUCAAAGUACGUGUUACAGGAUUAGAUAGAAAUUCAAAAUAUAUUAUGUUAUUAGAUAUUGUAUCACGUGAUGAACAUCGAUAUAAAUUUCAAAAUGGUAAAUGGACAAUUGCAGGUAAAGCUGAUCCAGAACCAUGUCGUAAACCGUACAUUCAUCCAGAUUCUCCAACAACCGGUGAAGAAUGGAUGCAUAAACCAAUUUCAUUUCAUAAAUUAAAAUUAACUAAUAAUGUAGCUGAAAGACAAUCUUUUCAAGCUGUACUCAAUUCAAUGCAUAAAUAUAUACCAAGAUUUCAUAUUGUUCGUGCAGAUCAUCUAAAUAAAAUGAAUAUGUCCAAUUUUGUUACAUUUAUCUUCGAUGAAACUGAAUUCAUCGCUGUAACCGCCUACCAGAAUGAACGAAUCACUCAAUUAAAAAUUGAUAAUAAUCCAUUUGCUAAAGGAUUUCGAGACAAUGGUAGUGGGCGUCGUGAAAAGAAAGGUUUACGAUUACGUUACAAACAGCCAAUAAAUUCUACUGAUACUUAUGAUGAUCUAGAUGGUAUUGAAAGGGAUAUGUUGAGAAAACGUUCAAAUGAUUUAUACAAAACACAUGAAAAUAUUAAAUUUUCGUUUCCGAAUUCAAUAAAUCAUCCAGCAUAUACAAAUCGAUUGUCAUUAUUACAUAAUAACAAUAAUAAUCAUGGAUUAGAUAUAAAAUGUUCUUCAUCUUCUCGUUGUUCUUCAAUUUCUACUCCUAUUUGUAAUGCAUCAUCAUCGAUUAUAUCAACACCGAAUCAAUUAUUUUGUGGAUUAUCUAACUCUUUAUCUUAUACUUCAUCAGAUCAAUGCUCAUUAUAUUCAAUCAACAAUUUACAUAACUGUGGUAAUAAUAAUCAUAAUAGUAAUAAUAAUAGUAAAUCAGUUGAUUCUUUAUCACCAUUAUCAUCAUUAUCAUUUUGUAAUUUAUCAGUUGAUAAAUUAUCUACUACAAAAGAUCUAUCAUCUCCAUCUUUGUCAUUACCAUAUCCACUAUGGUCAGGAUAUUUUGAUCCAACAUCAUUGAAUUCAAAGUUGAUAUCAACAAAUUUACCACGAAGUCAACAUACAGUACAUUACUGUCCAAAGAUAUCUAAAUCAUCAUCAUCGUCAUCCUCAUCAUCAUCCUCUUCCUCCUCAUCAAUUGAAUAUUCUUUUAAUAAAAUACAAAAUAAUCAUUCUAUGGAAUUUCAACGUCAACAUCAAAGACAACAACAAUUUAUGGAUAAAACUGACAAAUUGUACGAUAUAAAUGAAAUGUUAUCUGCAACAAAUAAUUCCUUUACUUUACCAUCUUCAACAGUAACAGUUAUAUCAUUGUCAUCAAAGCCAACAUCAUCAUUAACAUCAGGAUUAUCAUCUCCGUUAGUAGGAACACCAUCAGUAAUCAUUGAUACCACCAACACGAAGACGACAACGACGAUGAUGACAACAACAUCAACAUUAAAAUCAAGUCAAUCAUUACCGUAUUCAACACUAACUACAUCUGUUUCCGAUAGAAUAUCUGGAUUAGCCGGAGGAACAGGAGAGGGAAUAACGGAAUUACAACUGUUCUCAGAUAAUUUAAAACGUAAAUAUGAUGAGAUGAAUAAAUAUUGUCAAGAAGAUUGUAAUUCCUCACAGAGUCAUAAAGAUUUAAAUUCAUCCAAAUUAUGCUGUUCGCCUAUAAAAAAACAAUGUAUUCCAAAAACGAUUACAAUAAAUAAUGAAUCUAAUUAUGUUAAUGUAAAUGAAUAUUCUAAUAAUCCUAUAAAUUCUAACCGAAUUCUAACAAAUGAACAAUUAUAUUGUAAUGAAAUAAAAUGUAAUAAUGAAUUAAAUCAUUCAUUAUGUUGUAAUUGUUCUAAUUCAUUAUCAACAUUAUCACAUAGUAAUAUGAUUAAUUCAUCCAUAACUACAUCAACAUCAUUAACAUAUAUGAAUUCAUCUAAACGUAGUUUCAAUAUAAGUUGUUUAUUAGAAUAAUCCCUAUCCGCCUCCUCCUCACCCCCAGGAAAAAAAAGACACAUAUAGUUGAUGAAUAUCCCCACUUUUUUUUUGAAAAAAAAUGUAAAGUAAUCAAAUUGCAUUUUAUCUUAUAUUUUAAUAUACUACUUAAUGAUAAGGUAUAACAGAAACUCUUGAAUAACAGUAGUCACAAUACUAUCAGUAAUUGUAAUGACGUAUAUAUAUAUUUAUUGUUAGUGAAAAGAAUAUAAUAUGAUUCUGUAUUGUAUAUAGUGUAUAUAGAAUGAUAAAUAUAAAUAAAUAUGUGAACCAUUCAUUUCAUAAUCACAUCAACUAACUAAACAAAGACACCAUUUUGUGUGAGUUUUUCUUUGAUCAUAUUGUUGCCAGGCAUUAUUAGCCGAUACAAAAACAUGGAUAUAUAUAUAUAUAUAUAUAUGUAGAGAGAACCUAAGUGAAUGUAUAUAUUUAAAAAAAACUCUAUCGAAGCAUUACACUUGUUAUAAAUAGUUUCGAAGAGAUUGACAACAGCAGCAAAAAACAACUUGUUUUAUUAAAUUACAUUAACAAUGUGCUUUUUUGAAUUCUUUUCAACUGUAUUUUUCCCUCCCCCCAAAAAAAACUAUAUUUCACUUUUUUAACAUUUUCUUUCCAUUAUUGCGAUCAUCCAUAUUCCCUCCCCCCUGGCCCUCUCCCUCCCCUCUCUCUCUCACACACACAUACACACACAAAUACAUAUACACAACCCAAUCAAUCUUAUGUGCAUCCACCUUAUGUAAUAUGACUUCUUUUUUUUUCUUACAUAUAAGAAUGGCUGUUGAGUAAUAAAAGUAUGGUGAUUUAAAAUUAUUUUUAUUUUGCAUAAAAUCUAUAUUCAUCAUGGUUACUUGUUUGUUUUGUUUUUCGAAAUUUUCCUCUAGUCUACAGAUAUAUUUCUAUGAUAAAACUCUAAGUACAUAUAAUGUAACUAACCAUUUGUUUCAUACGCUUUUUUUUCUCUCUCUCUCUCUAUAUAUAUAUAUUUUAACACAUUUUUAUUGCAUAAUACUUAUGUCUAAAUAUUGUAAUACUAAUAAUAAUAUGAAUAUGAAUGUGAAUGAGUCUAGUGAAUACAUCAUAACCAUAUAAUUUCACCUACAAAUUGUAUCCAUAAAGUAAAUAUAAACGAAAAAAAUUUUCCUCUAUUUUUUUUUGUUCUUACAAACUUUGAUGGCCAAAACAAGAACAAACAACAACCAACAACAGGGAAUGUGAACGGUAAUCAUUCAGUCUUCUGUUUGUGUUCUGUUUUUGUCUCUUAGAGUUUUUUCUCUCUUAUUCAUUUCUUCUCUUGUACAAUUCGGUUCGUUCAUUC